AUGAGUGAUCCUGGGAGUCCCGACAGCAACAGCCACAAUGGCAGCCACGGGUACAGCACAAUCACGUACGAUCCUUCCCGACGUCCUCGGCGGAAGAUGGAAAAGACAAUUCUACCAGAGAGCUACGAGCCUUCCAAGUUUUCUGUGAUUUGCGGGAGAGGCAAAGGCAGUUACCAAAGUGACGGUAACAUCAACUUUAGAGCUCUGGUCAAGAGCAACUUGGAGAGAUACAAAGAGGCUCCUGGCCGGCUGGAAAAAUCAUUCAUUGUCAGCGAAGUGCUCAAUUGCAUCCGAGAAUCUUGUCCCGUGGGAGCCUUUGUCAAGUACGAGAAGGGACGAUGGUACGACCUGGACGAUACUGUUUGCAGGGAAAAAGUGGGAAGUCUUUUCAGGGACUUUCUGCAUACCACCUACAAGAGCAGUUCCAAAGCCAAGCACGCAAAAAAGGUCAAGGAGAAAUCACAGCAGCAGGAUGCAACACCAACACCAACACGUAGGAGCAGCAAAACCAGCAGUGGCCCAGGAACUCCCACCAGCAGUCCUGAGAAGGCAAGUCCGACCAAGAAAGUCAAGACCACACCCACUGCCAAGAGAAGAACAUCGUCGUCGUCGUCGUCACCCAAGAAAGCACGUGUAGUUGGCACUAGUACAGAAACUGAAGUACAUGUAUUGUUGCCUCCACCUCCAGUUCUAGAGUCUGUUCGGAUCGGUAAGCUACAUCCAAAGCCAAGCAGACCUGCCGACACACCAGCAUCCAACCCACCACUACCAUCCGCCACACACAAGAAAACACAAACAACGCAGUCACCAAUACUACAUGGAGUGCAGCAACAAACCAAGCCUACCAGGAUGGCCCAACCAAAACCAAAGCUGUCAACUCAGAAAGUUCUACCACGCAAGAAACAACAAAUUGGACACAGUCCUACAAAACAACGAGGCAUCAUGCAGACUGUCACUCCUCAUGACUGCAUCGAUCCAUUGGCCAAGAAAUUCUACGAUAUUGAUGACCUCAAACCCUUGAAACUCGAGUAG